AUCCAGAAUAUUUUCGGCUCCUAUAAAACGCAUGGCUCAUGUUAAUUAUCAUGAGUGGGCCAGUGAAGUGUGGCCCAUCAUAAGCAAUAUUGUACAAACUUUCUGUUCCUACAAAACACGCCCUGCAAUUGAAAAAAAAUCAAAACCUUAUGGAAAUAAACGAGUUCUCGCACUCUCGCACUCUUUGUUUCUAACCUUCUUAAACCCUUCUCCCUCGUCUGCAUCUUCAAUUCCAGAGCUUGGGGACACAGCAGCGGAUUGAAGAAGAGGGAACCUUGUUAACUGUUGACGGGCAAGAUGGCUCAUCCAGGUGGCGGAGCUGAAGCGCAUGCUCGGUUCAAGCAGUAUGAGUACAGAGCAAACUCGAGUCUUGUUCUUACCACGGACUCUCGACCUCGUGACACCCAUGAGCCAACUGGGGAGCCAGAGUCAUUGUGGGGGAAGAUUGACCCUAAAUCCUUCGGUGACAGGGCAUACAGAGAUAAACCUCCUGAGUUGGAGGAGAAGCUUAAGAAAUCUAAAAAGAAGAAGGAGCGGGAGCCUGCUCUUGAUGCUGCUCCGCCGAGGAGCAAGAAGAGGCGUCUUCAGGAGGAGAGUGUCCUCACCUCAUCGGAUGAAGGUGUUUACCAGCCCAAGACCAAGGAAACAAGAGCUGCCUAUGAAGCCAUGCUCAGUGUUAUUCAGCAACAACUGGGUGGGCAGCCCUUGAACAUUGUCAGUGGUGCUGCUGAUGAGAUUUUGGCUGUUCUCAAGAAUGAGACCAUCAAGAAUCCUGAGAAGAAAAAGGAGAUUGAGAAGUUGUUGAACCCCAUAACUAGCACUACUUUUGAUGACCUAGUUUCCCUUGGGAAACGCAUUACUGAUUACCAUGAUGGUGGCGACGCUGGUGAUACUGCCGUUAAUAGAGAUGAUGGACUUGAUGAUGAUGUUGGUGUUGCUGUGGAGUUCGAGGAGAAUGAAGAGGAAGAGGAAGAGAGUGAUCUGGAUAUGGUACCCGAGGAUGAAGAGGACGACGAUGAUGUAACUGAAGUAGAUGGUUCUGGGGCCAUGCAGAUGGGUGGGAUUGAUGACGAUGAGGAACAGGAAGCUUUGGAGGGAAUGACAUUGAACGUGCAGGAUAUUGAUGCAUAUUGGCUUCAGAGGCAGAUCACACAGGCGUAUGACCAGAAGAUUGAUCCGCAACAGAGUCAGAAACUCGCUGAAGAGGUUCUUAAAAUCCUUGCCGAAGGCGACGAUCGUGAAGUUGAGACAAAGCUGUUGGUGCAUCUACAGUUUGAUAAGUUUAGUCUUAUCAAAUUUUUAUUGCGUAACCGGUUGAAAGUAGUGUGGUGCACCCGCCUGGCAAGGGCUGAAGACCAAGAGAAGAGAAAGGAGAUUGAAGAAGAAAUGGUAGGUCUAGGGUCAGAUCUUGCUGCCAUCCUGGAGCAGUUGCAUGCCACUAGAGCGACAGCCAAGGAGAGGCAAAAGAACUUGGAGAAAAGUAUUAGGGAGGAGGCUCGCCGACUCAAGGACGAAACUGGUGGGGAUGGUGGACGUGAGCGUCGGGAUCUGGUUGAUAGAGAUGCUGAUGGUGGUUGGUUAAAGGGACAGCGGCAACUUCUUGACCUUGACAACCUUGCCUUUCAACAAGGUGGCUUGCUGAUGGCCAACAAAAAAUGUGAGCUUCCAGUGGGUUCUUAUAGAAAUCAUAAGAAGGGUUAUGAAGAAGUUCAUGUACCAGCUUUGAAGCCCAAGCCAUUGGCUGAUAACGAAAAGCUUGUGAAGAUAUCUGACCUGCCCGACUGGGCGCAACCAGCUUUCAGAGGAAUGAGCCAGUUGAACAGGGUACAGAGUAAGGUUUAUGAUUCUGCACUUUUCACACCAGAAAAUAUCUUGUUAUGUGCUCCUACUGGGGCUGGGAAAACAAAUGUUGCUAUGCUUACCAUACUUCAGCAAAUUGGUCUGAAUAGGAAUAAUGAUGGGUCUUACAACCAUAGCAAUUAUAAGAUUGUGUAUGUCGCACCUAUGAAGGCUCUGGUGGCCGAGGUUGUAGGCAACCUUUCUAAUCGCCUGGAGCCAUAUGGUGUCAAGGUUAGAGAACUGAGUGGAGAUCAGUCAUUGACGCGUCAGCAGAUUGAGGAAACUCAAAUUAUAGUGACAACCCCUGAGAAGUGGGAUAUUAUUACCAGGAAAUCAGGUGAUCGUACUUAUACACAGCUUGUAAAACUCCUGAUUAUUGAUGAGAUCCAUCUUCUGCAUGAUAAUAGAGGUCCUGUGCUCGAAAGUAUAAUUGCAAGAACUGUUCGUCAAAUUGAAACUACUAAAGAGCACAUUCGGCUUGUUGGCUUAUCUGCUACACUUCCAAAUUAUGAAGAUGUUGCUAUAUUUUUACGAGUUAAACUAGACAAGGGGCUGUUCCACUUUGAUAAUAGCUACCGGCCUGUUCCUUUGGCUCAGCAGUAUGUCGGGAUUACAGUAAAGAAACCGUUACAAAGAUUUCAAUUGAUGAAUGAUGUUUGCUAUGAGAAGGUGAUCAGCGUCGCUGGAAAGCAUCAGGUGUUGAUCUUUGUGCACUCAAGGAAGGAGACAACAAAAACUGCCCGCGCAAUUCGUGACACGGCCCUUGCUAAUGAUACUCUGAGUAAAUUCUUGAAGGAGGAUAGUGCAAGUCGUGAAAUUCUCCAGUCUCAUACAGAGCUGGUUAAGAGCAGCGAUCUUAAGGACCUAUUGCCAUAUGGUUUUGCAAUUCAUAAUGCUGGGAUGGUUAGAGCUGAUCGCCAAAUUGUUGAAGAGCUUUUCGCAGAUGGGCAUGUGCAAGUCUUGGUUUCUACUGCAACUCUAGCUUGGGGUGUUAAUUUGCCUGCUCAUACUGUUAUUAUCAAAGGUACUCAAAUCUACAAUCCUGAAAAAGGAGCAUGGACUGAGUUGAGUCCUCUAGAUGUCAUGCAGAUGCUUGGCCGUGCUGGAAGGCCUCAAUAUGACACUUAUGGUGAAGGAAUCAUUAUAACAGGGCAUAGUGAGCUGCAAUAUUAUCUGUCUUUGAUGAAUCAACAGCUGCCUAUUGAAAGUCAGUUUAUUUCAAAAUUGGCUGAUCAGUUAAAUGCAGAGAUUGUCCUUGGAAGUGUACAGAAUGCUAGAGAAGCAUGCAAAUGGCUCUCAUACACUUACCUUUUUGUUCGAAUGGUGCGUAAUCCUACCCUUUAUGGUUUGGCACCCGAUGUUUUGAAGACAGAUGAGACCUUGGAGGAAAGGAGAGCUGAUCUGAUUCAUUCAGCAGCAACAAUACUGGACAAGAAUAAUCUUGUGAAGUAUGACAGGAAAAGUGGAUAUUUCCAGGUCACGGACUUGGGUCGCAUUGCUAGCUAUUACUAUAUAACUCACGGGACUAUUUCAACGUACAAUGAGCAUUUGAAGCCAACAAUGGGUGAUAUCGAACUUUGUCGUCUCUUCUCCCUUAGUGAAGAGUUCAAGUACGUCUCUGUGAGACAAGAUGAGAAGAUGGAGCUGGUCAAGCUCUUAGAGCGAGUCCCAAUACCAAUCAAAGAGAGUCUUGAGGAACCGAGUGCCAAAAUUAAUGUUCUUCUUCAAGCCUAUAUUUCACAGUUGAAGCUUGAAGGACUAUCAUUGACAUCUGAUAUGGUUUAUAUCACUCAGAGUGCUGGGCGUCUGAUGAGAGCGCUAUUUGAGAUAGUUGUAAAAAGGGGAUGGGCACAAUUGGCAGAGAAGGCUCUAAAACUGUGUAAAAUGAUAGGCAAGAGAAUGUGGAGCGUGCAGACACCACUUCGUCAAUUCCAUGGUAUUCCAAAUGAAAUCUUGAUGAAGUUGGAAAAGAAAGAUUUGUCCUGGGAAAGGUACUAUGAUCUCUCUUCACAGGAGAUCGGAGAACUUGUCCGUUUCCCUAAAAUGGGAAGAACACUUCAUAGAUGUAUUCACCAGUUCCCAAAACUAAACCUGGUUGCACAUGUUCAACCCAUUACUCGCUCUGUUUUGAAGGUUGAACUGACAAUUACGCCGGAUUUCCAGUGGGAUGACAAGGUCCAUGGAUAUGUUGAGCCUUUCUGGAUUAUUGUUGAGGAUAAUGAUGGGGAACAUAUUCUUCAUCACGAAUAUUUCAUGUUGAAGAAGCAGUAUGUAGAUGAGGAUCACACGCUGAAUUUCACCGUUCCUAUAUAUGAACCACUACCUCCUCAGUAUUUCAUCAGUGUUGUGUCUGAUAGGUGGCUAGGGUCACAGACUGUUCUCCCCGUUUCUUUCAGGCACCUCAUUUUGCCUGAGAAAUAUCCUCCUCCAACUGAGUUGCUUGAUUUGCAACCCCUACCCGUUACAGCAUUGAGGAAUCCAGCGUAUGAAUCCCUAUAUCAACAGUUCAAGCAUUUCAAUCCUGUUCAAACCCAGGUCUUCACUGUCCUGUAUAACUCAGAUGACAAUGUUUUGGUUGCUGCACCGACUGGUAGUGGGAAGACCAUAUGUGCUGAGUUUGCUAUUUUGAGAAAUCAUCAAAAGGGACCUGAAAGUACCAUGAGGGCUGUCUAUAUUGCUCCUAUUGAAGCUCUCGCAAAGGAAAGGUAUCAGGAUUGGAAGAAGAAAUUUGGAGAGGGUCUUGGAAUGAAGGUAGUUGAGUUAACUGGGGAGACUGCAACAGACUUGAAACUUCUCGAGAAAGGUCAAAUAAUCAUAAGCACUCCUGAGAAAUGGGAUGCUUUAUCUCGCCGAUGGAAACAAAGGAAGCAUGUUCAGCAGGUUAGUGUGUUCAUUAUUGAUGAACUUCAUUUGAUUGGAGGUCAAGGUGGGCCUAUCCUGGAGGUCAUAGUCUCUAGGAUGAGGUACAUUGCUAGUCAGCUGGAGAACAAGAUUCGUAUUGUUGCCCUGUCAAGUUCUCUUGCAAAUGCCAAGGAUUUGGGAGAAUGGAUUGGCGCUACAUCCCACGGUCUUUUCAAUUUCCCUCCUGGUGUUAGGCCUGUACCUUUGGAAAUUCACAUCCAAGGUGUUGACAUCGCUAAUUUUGAAGCAAGGAUGCAAGCCAUGACAAAACCUACAUACACAGCAAUUGUGCAGCAUGCUAAGAACGGUAAACCUGCCAUUGUAUUUGUUCCUACCAGGAAGCAUGCCCGUAUGACUGCGGUGGACUUGAUGACUUAUUCAAGUGUGGAUAGUGAACAAAAACCCUUGUUCUUAUUACAGUCUUCAGAAGAGUUGGCUCCCUUUGUUGCCAACAUAAAGGAACCUAUGUUGAAGGAGACUAUUCAGUUUGGUGUGGGUUAUUUGCAUGAAGGCCUAAGCAGUACAGAUCAGGAUAUAGUAAAGACAUUGUUUGAAACAGGUUGCAUUCAAGUCUGUGUGAUGAGCAGUACAAUGUGUUGGGGAGUCCCACUUUCUGCUCAUCUGGUAGUGGUUAUGGGAACACAGUACUAUGAUGGCAGAGAAAAUGCUCAUAGUGAUUAUCCAGUCACUGAUUUACUGCAGAUGAUGGGUCAUGCCAGUCGACCGCUAGUAGACAAUUCUGGAAAAUGCGUCAUCCUCUGUCAUGCCCCACGCAAAGAAUAUUACAAGAAAUUCCUCUAUGAAGCUUUCCCGGUUGAAAGCCAUUUGCAUCAUUAUCUGCAUGAUAAUCUAAAUGCCGAGGUGGUGGUUGGGGUCAUCCAAAACAAGCAGGAUGCCGUGGACUACCUGACUUGGACAUUUAUCUAUAGAAGGCUGACUCAGAACCCAAACUAUUACAAUCUUCAAGGUGUCAGUCACAGGCAUCUCUCAGAUCACCUGUCCGAGCUCGUGGAGAGCACCAUCAGUGAUCUAGAAGCGAGUAAAUGUGUUGAAGUUGAGGAUGACUAUUUACUGGCCCCUGCAAAUCUUGGCCUGAUUGCUUCUUAUUACUAUAUUAGUUACACAACAAUUGAGCGCUUCAGUUCCUCUCUGACUUCUAAAACAAAGAUGAAGGGUCUCUUGGAAAUCUUGGCUUCAGCCUCAGAGUACGAGCAGCUUCCAAUAAGACCUGGAGAAGAAGAGUUGAUAAGAAGGUUAAUACAUCAUCAGCGCUUCUCCUUUGAAAAUCCCAAGUACACGGAUCCAAAUGUCAAAGCAAAUGCACUACUGCAAGCUCACUUCUCCAGGCAGACAAUUGGUGGAGAUUUGUCUUCUGACCAGCAGGAGGUGCUUAUCUAUGCAAGCAGGCUUCUUCAGGCCAUGGUUGAUGUAAUUUCGAGCAAUGGCUGGCUCAGCCUGGCCCUUCUUGCCAUGGAAGUAAGUCAGAUGGUAACGCAGGGAAUGUGGGAGCGCGAUUCAAUGCUCCUCCAACUUCCUCACUUCACCAAGGAAUUGGCUAAGAGGUGCCAGGAAAAUCCUGGGAAAAAUAUUGAGACAAUCUUCGAUCUGCUGGAAAUGGAGGAUGAUGAAAGGCGGGAGCUAUUGCAAAUCUCUGAUACACAGUUGAUGGACAUUGCUCGGUUUUGUAAUCGCUUUCCCAACAUUGAUCUGACCUAUGAUGUGCUGAACAGUGAGAAUGUCACAUGUGGGGAGAAAGUUUAUGUACAAGUCAGCCUCGAACGUGAUCUUGAAGGAAGAACAGAGGUUGGACCUGUUGACGCCCCCAGAUAUCCUAAAUCGAAAGAAGAGGGAUGGUGGCUGGUGGUUGGUGAUACCAAAACCAGUCAGUUGCUUGCUAUCAAAAGGGUCACUUUCCAGAGGAAGUCCAGGGUGAAACUCGACUUUGAUGCACCUACAGAACCCGGAAAAAAGACAUACACACUAUAUUAUAUGUGCGAUUCUUAUCUAGGUUGUGAUCAAGAGUAUAGCUUCACUGUGGACGUCAAGGAAGCAGGAACACUGGAAGAGGAUAGUUAGAUGAUGGUUCCCUGCUGGCCUAACCUGCUUGACAACGCGUCAUCCUAUUUCACUGUGGUGCAUAUCGUACUGCGGCUAGCUGUUGGAACUCCCGGACACUUACUGCGUCUAGCUUCUGCAGUUUUUCGUUGGUUUGAACUCGUAUAAGUAAACAUCUAUUUAUCCCUGUGUUCUGUAACAACUACCGGUCUGCUCGCAAUUUUUGGCUUAGCCAUGAGAAUGUUACUCCUGUUGUAAUUUGGUUGGUAUUUUCCAUUAUAUUCUGCUUUUGAAUGUUGGUUGGCAUGGGGGAACAAAUUUGACAUUUGUUGAUGAAAUCCAACAUGAAGGUAACAAAUUUAAAAUUA